AUGAAUGCAUCAGAAAUAUUGACUUCAUUAAUAAGAAAAGAAUUAUUUAUGAUACAAAGAAUAUAUUGCUUUAUGGCACCUUUGAGGAAAAAUUUGUGUUAUUUUCCAUGGUUCGAACAACAAUGGAUAUGGGAUGUUUGUAUAUUUCGUCACUCGAUAAUGUGCGAUCGAAAAGAUAAGGGAGAUUACAUUCAUUACUUGAUAGGCACACAUUUCAUAUCUAAACAUCAAAUGACAUCGCAACCUGCUUCCCUUCUUCUAGAAGAAUUAACCACCCUCACUUAUUCCGCUAACAUUUUGCUAUCAAAAUGA